UGUGUCUGCUGUCAUGUCAUAAGUCAACUUGUCAACCCAAAAUCUAAGAUGGCUGAAUUUGUAUAGUUCAGAAUAAAAAUAUAUGAUGGGAUUUGAAGAGCUAGUGCCAUUUUGGUUGAUUUGAAGUGAUUAUUGUUUGUUUGGUUCAACUGAACAAUGUCGAAACAGAAUCCCUUUUAUCCAAAAUCUUCUCGGAUCGAUCGCUUCCAACAGAUGACCCAGCAGGAAAGGCUGAUUGAGCAGAAGAAACGGGAGAUAUUGGCCAAAUUUGAAGCAAAAGAUAAGUUAGCAAACAAAUUGCUUGAUGUUAAAAGCAAACUAGACACAUCGGUUAAACCGCCUAGCAAGAGUGCACCAGUAACCACAACUGGAGAGAAAGAUAUGCCGAUUCCGUUUGCUAACGAUGGCUCAUUCCUCAAUCAAUUCAAGCAGUUGAAAGAAACCAAGAAGGAAGGAAAUAAGGUGAAGUCAUUGGGGAGACUGAGGGAUCUUGAAAAGAAUUAUGGUGAUGACAGACACAAAUCAAACAGAUGGACUCCCCGUCGGCGUUCUCCGUCACCCAAAGAUCGUCCCCAGAAACGGAAUUCAAGGUUUUCCGAUAACUCAAACUUUGAGCAAAAAAUCACGAUAAACACCACAUUCAGCAGCAACAUAGCCAACCAGCAGCGGUUUGACCCCCCUGCCUCAGUCUCACUUCAGAAUGUCACUGGCCAGCCUUUAAUGAAAAACCCCAGGCCUACAAGUAUACCAACUGUAAAUUACCCAGAUUUGCCUCCUCAGCAAACUCUGAAUCUGGUUCAACCUCAGACUCAAGAGACUGUGAUCACAGCACCACCAGUAUUGUUGAAUGUCCCACCUCCUCAAGUGGUGCAAGGUCAGAUUAGUAGUGCUUUGGUACUCAGCCAAGCACCUCCUGGACAGAAUGUUUUGGUUUCUACACCUCUGCUAACUGCGGUGAACAUACCACCUCCUUUAGUUGCAAAUAAUGUCGCUGUGACGCCUGUUCCUCCACCCAAUAUAUCUACAGUGGAGUUGGCUACUAUUCCGCCACCAAAUCCGAUUCAGUUGCAGAAUAUCCCACAACCAGAGCCGUUGAAUACUUUGAACAUCCCACAACCUGCACCGAUUCAAGUACAAAACAUCCCCACUCCCACGUCUAUCCAGCUAAAUGAGAUUCCCAAUCCUAAACCCAUAGACCUGAUGGCGAUACCCACGCCCAACGACAAUAGGGGUGUUCCUGAUGCAGAAUUCAUAAAGAACAAUCCUCCACCUAAUAAAGCCAUCCCUCCCCCCACUCAAAUGCAUCACGAUACGCAGAUACCCCUGAUGGCAACGAGCAUAGCGUUGACGUCGACCCAGAACGUUCUAGUCCCGCCUACUUUACAAAACAUCCACUCGAGUCAGAUCGUAACCGUUCCUGUGGGCGUGGUUCAAGUAACUACAGUCCCUCCCCCCACCCUAUCGGUGAGCGUGAAUGCACUAACGCCUGGCGGAGAACUGCAACAAGGCCCGCAGCCAGCGUUUCUCAGCCAACCACCACCGCAGUUGCCGCCUGUCAAUGUACCACCGCCCAAUAGGCUGCAGCCACCACCUCUUAUAGCUGGAGCCAGAGGAUAUAAGGAUUUCAGUGCAGUUUUCCCUGCAGGUUCGCCAGAACACGAAGCGAUGGCGUCACUGGGACGCAUGGUGGCCCAGUGCGGACAAGGUAUCGAGGACAUGGUCAAGAAGCGGGAGACCCAAGACCCGAAUCUGUGGUUCCUGUUCCAUCCGGAGAGUGCGGCGUACCGGCAAUACCGGGCCAUGAUCCAGGAAUUCAAGCGGGAAAAUGCGGCUGCAAAUAGCGCUGAGAAGAAUUCUGGGGAUUGGAGAGGAAGCGGCGUAAAAGAGGAAAAGUACGAGCCUGAGAUGGCGUUAGAAGAGGACGAUGGGCAAGUUGCUGGGAUUAAGAAGGAAGAGAAAGACAAGGAUGACGCAGCUCGAGAGGAAAGAAGAAGAAAACGUAGAAGUAGAUGGGGUGAUAAAGAAACAAAUAUCCCUCCCCCCGUUGUUGUCUACAAUCAACCAGCUCUAAAUCCUACUGUAUUACCUGCUCCUCCCGGCAUACCAACAGUUCUACCUGCAUCUUCUCUUCAAAGUCAGUAAAAAAUAUGCUAAAAAUAUUUUUCAUUGGUACAGUUUUGCAUGGAUUACACAGAAUUAUUAUUUUGUUCAUUACGCGAGUUAGUUAUAUUUUUCAAUGAAACUGGAACUACAGAAAAAGCUUCUUCAUGACCCGCUUUAUACAAGUAGGAAAUAGUAUUUGAUAUAAGUUUUAUCAAAGUCUCAUGUUUGUCGCACCAAAACAAACAAGAGCAGCUGAUAUUCAAAUUCUCGCGUCAUAAAUUCCUGAACAGUGAGUACUUAUGUGUUUUGAGGCGGCAUAAAAAAGGUUUCUAAUUAAUUUGAAUAGAUCACUACUCACGCACAAGGUGUGUACCUUCUGUGAGCGUUAUAAUAUUUAUUUGCUAACAUAUUGUGUAUUUUCAUACUGUGUAGAGAAUGGCAAAUAAAUAUUAUUAUUAUUAUCAACGAUCAAAGUAUUAACUGCCUGUCAUAUUUCCUUAGACAAACCUGCUCCACUGCUUACCAAACUAACCAGAAACGAUCCCGGGUUAGUGCAGUACGCUGUUUCAACCUACGGUUCAGCGAAUUUAACUGAGGAAGAAUGGAAGAAAGCCGAAGAAAACUACAAAGUGCAUUUAGUGUAUCAAGAUAUGGUCAAAAAGCAAGAGGAAGCCAAGAGAUUGAAGAUGGAAGGAAAGAAUAAGUACGAGUAUGACUCGGAUGAAGAGAUUGAAGGUGGAACGUGGGAACAUAAGGCUAGAGAAAAAGAAAUGAUUAAGACUCAAAUAUGGGCUGAAGAGCUAACUAAACAGGCCGAAGGGAAGCACCACAUUGGCGAUUUCCUGCCCCCGGACGAGUUAAAGAAGUUCCUCGAAAAGAAGGGGUUGAAACCAGGCGAUGAACUUGAACUUCAGCCUGAUGAGUACAAAAUCAAAGAAGACAACGUCGGGUUCAGGAUGCUUCAGAAGCUGGGUUGGUCGGAAGGAGAAGGUUUGGGAGCCACCGGCGGAGGGAUCGUAGAUCCUAUCAAAGCUGAACCCAGAGAAAACACACAAGGCCUUGGUCUCAAUGAGAAUGAUGAAGAUGAAGACGAGUAUGAAUCAUACAGAAAAAGGAUGAUGUUGGCGUACAGGUUUAGGCCGAAUCCUUUGAACAAUCCGAGGAGGCCAUAUUAUUAAAAUACAAUUAUUGAUUAAUUGAUAGAUGUGUACGAUAUUGUAAAUAGGAUAAGGUAAUGUAUGAAUAAAACAUUUUAAAAAGUCUUCCACUUUACUCAACACAUAUCCAUUAUAUAGUAAGCCUAUCCAUAUUGAAAUAAAUAGGACAAUUGCACUAUAUCAACAUACAUAUGUCA